CAUAUUUGUAUCUGCAUGUGUUUUUGUACGUUUGACUGCGUUUACAAAAUUUCAAAAACAUGUGUAGCAUGUGCGUUUAGGUUAAUUUGUGUAAAAAAAUGGAUUCAAAAUAUAAUAUUUCAUCAAAAAAUUGGUUACAAAUUACCAAAGCUGCAAUUAAACGAAUAAAACCAACACCAGUGCUCCCUUCGGGUAAUAGCCCAAAAAAAAUUAAAAUUGACGAUCAUUUAAAAUCUAAUUCUAACGGCGUUAAUAAUAAGAAAAAAGAAGUAAAUGGAAAUCAAGCUGGAAAUGAUCAACAAAACAAAAAGGCAAUUGCAAACAAAAAUAUUCAACAACAAAGACGAAAUUUGCCUGUUUUUGCUAUACGAAAUAGAUUAUUGGAAGAAAUCAACAAACGAGAAACAGUUAUAAUAUUAGGAGAAACGGGUAGUGGUAAAACCACUCAAAUACCUCAGUAUAUACACUCAGCUCGAUUUGAGGGUAAUAAAAAGAUAGGAAUAACACAACCACGUCGUGUGGCUGCAAUAUCACUUGCACAACGUGUUGCACUAGAAUGUCAGUCAGAAGUUGGACAAAUUGUUGGGUACACAGUACGUUUUGAAGAUUGUACAACGAAAAGUACAAAACUUAAAUUCAUGACUGAUGGUAUGCUACUUCGAGAAGCGAUGGUUGAUAAAUUAUUAUUGGCAUAUAGUAUAAUUGUAUUGGAUGAAGCACAUGAACGUACCGUUCAUACCGAUGUAUUAUUUGGUAUUGUUAAACAAGCACAAAAAAUUAGAAAAGCUAAAAAUUUCCCUGCUCUUAAGAUAAUUAUAAUGUCAGCUACAAUGAACGUGGAUCAUUUUUCAAAAUAUUUUAACAAUGCUGUUGCAAUUUAUUUGGAAGGUCGAACUUACUCUGUAAAUAUCAAUUAUACAGUAAAAGCUCAGGAAGAUUAUGUACAUUCAUGUUUAGUUACAAUAUUUCAAAUUCAUAAACAACGACCUGCAAAUGAAGACAUUUUAGUCUUUUUAACUGGACAAGAAGAAAUCGAAAGCGUAGCACAUAGCGUAAGACUAAUAGCAAAUGAACAUCCUGCUAGUAAAAUUCCUAUCAAAGUAUAUCCCUUAUAUGCUGGAUUACCUUCCCAACAACAAUUGGAUGCAUUUCGACCUUUGGCACCAGGCAUGAGGAAAAUUAUACUUAGUACCAAUGUUGCUGAAACUUCAUUAACAAUCAGUGGUAUCAAGCACGUAAUUGACACUGGAAUGGUGAAAUCGAGAACAUUCCAUUCCGGCACCGGAUUUGAAGUUUUACGUGUACAACGAAUAUCUCAAGAGCAGGCAUGGCAAAGAGCUGGUCGUGCUGGACGAGAAUUUGAUGGUUUUUGUUAUCGUUUAUAUACGAAAUCAGAAUUUGAAUUGUUUUUAAAAUCUUCAGUACCUGAAAUUCAACGAUGCAAUCUAUCUAAUGUUUGUUUACAACUAUUAUCAUUGGGUAUUAAUGUUGUUAAAUUCGAUUUUCUGGAUAAACCGUCCAAUGAAUCAUUAACAUCCGCAUUAGAACAAUUGUAUCAAUUAAACGCAAUAACUAGUAUUCAAUCACCUGAACUGACGGAUCUUGGAAAGCAAAUGUCCUUAUUUCCAUUAGACCCUCGUUACAGUAAAAUGAUUAUAUCAGCAAAAAAUUAUGGAUGCUUAGAAGAAAUUGUGUCGAUUGUUGCUUUGUUAUCUUGUGAAUCGGUAUUCUAUACACCAGUUGCUAAAAGGGAACAAGCUAAUCUGACGAGACAUAAGUAUAUGUCAACAUUAGGUGAUCAUUUAAGUUUAUUAACAAUAUUUCGAGCAUAUAAUAAUGCUAAUGAGAAAAGAAAAUGGUGUAAAGAAAAUUUCCUCAAUGCCAAAAAUUUAAAUUAUGCUAAAGAAGUUCGAACACAAUUAAUGGAUAUUUGUACAAAGUGUAAUUUUGAAAAAUCAUCGUGUGGUAAAAACUUUGAUCAAGUACGAAAAUGUUUAUUAACUGGUUUGUUUAUGAAUAUUGCUGAAUUGCAUGGUCCCAAACAAUACGUAACGGUUGACACUAAAACUCCAGUACAUAUACAUCCAAGUUCGGUAUUGCAUGGCACUUAUCCACAUUGUGUAGUUUUUUCAGAAGUAGUUAUGACUACAAAGUGUUAUUUAAGAACAAUAACAACAAUAAAUCCUGAAUGGCUACAAGAAAUUGCUCCAUCGUACGCAAAAUCACAUAGAUUAACAACACAAUGGACACAAAAUGGACAUUAAUCGUAUUUGAAUUAU